UCGCGAUCAGCUGGAACUCUAGUUACUACUCAUAAUGCCACUUAUAUUCCUCCGAGAUUUAUGCCUGGAUAUCGGGGUCACUGUCCUACAAUAAAAUAUGAUUAUGGUGAAACGUACGGUAACGCUACAAAUAAAUAUUUUCAAGAUUAUAGAUCACAAGUUUUAAACAGUUCUAAAGAUCCGUAUUGUCGUGGUGGUCAGUUUCCUACUUAUUAUACUCAUAAUCCUGAUCUAGUUAUUAGCAAUAGAUGUAGAAACAGAGAUCGCUGGAUUCUGGCUCCGAAAUACGAACUUUCUAAUGUAGAUUAUGAUAGAAGAGAUGAACUGAGAAGUUUUGAUACGUUGGCCCAGAAACAUCGUGAAUUUUAUACAGAUAAAACUGGAACUCAGAAACCUGUGGAAUAUUUUCAACUACCA